GAAUAGGUCGACUAAUAAGUUAUGGUUUCUUCAUUUCAUUUUAUUUUCUAUUUUUGCUUUCCACCGCCGGCUGCAUACCGAUUUACCACCUCCCCCACCGCCGCUUCCAAACUCCAAGCGACUUCGAGAACCCAGCACUCCGUCUGCAACUCCCACAGCUGCACGCUUGCUGCCCCUUGUUUGCCUAAGAUGGCGUCAUCGUCACCCUCGAUUUUGUAUGCGAGUUGAGAAAUCCUUGAAGGAUUUCUCUGAUUCCGGCGGCGACUGCAAAGGAAGAAGGGAGCUUGGCUGCAGGACCCAUCCGUCCAGCAGGGGCGAUAGUCGGAGAGUGCCGAGUAGAAGGGACGUCGCUUUUUUGCUAACGUUGAACAAGUUGUAUCUACUAUCCACAUCCAGGAUCUAUGCCAAUGGCAUUCAGGGGUCAUUGGAGAUCAUACAGCUCGAAAAUAGACCUGAAGAAGCUUAGGCCAAUGAUACUCAAGAGAAUCGAGAAUCGAGCCAAGGAUUAUCCGGUGCCUGGAAUGAUUCCGGUGGCUCAAGAGGUUCUCAAGGCCAGAGAAAUGCUUUUCCAAGGAGUCUUCACCCUUAUUAAACUAUUCCCCGUUGUUGCUUGCAAGUUCUGUGCAGAAGUGUACAUUGGUGAGAAAGGUCACUUAAUCCAAACUUGCCACGGAUACAGGCGCAUUGGAAAGAACCGGGUUCAUGAAUGGGUCCGUGGUGAUUUGACCGACAUACUUGUCCCUGUAGAAGCAUUUCAUCUACACAACAUGUUUCAAGGUGUUAUCAACCACCAGCAAAGAUUCGAUUUCGAUCGUGUUCCCGCGGUCGUGGAGCUAUGCAUGCAAGCAGGGGCCGAUGUAACUGAUGAAAUUUUGAGAUCUGGUUCAUUAACAACCCAUGAAUUUUCUGGUACAAUCAGUGGAAUCGAGUCCUUGUCAGAUGAUGAUACAAGGGUGAUAGCAAAUGGCACCUUGAGAGCAUGGGAGACCCUUAGAUCCGGUGUUAAGAAGCUGCUACUGGUCUAUCCGGCAAAAGUUUGCAAAUAUUGUUCCGAAGUUCAUGUCGGGCCAUCCGGCCAUCUAGCUCGUCAUUGUGGAGUAUUUAGAUACGAGAGUUGGCGUGGAACCCAUUAUUGGAUAAAGGCAAGGGUUGACAAUUUGGUCCCUCCAAAGAUUGUGUGGCGGCGACGGCCUCAGGAUCCAAAAGUGCUUUUGGAUGAAGGUCGGAAUUACUACGGGCACGCACCAGCGGUGGUCGAUCUGUGCUCACAGGCAGGUGCUAUUGUUCCAAGUAAGUAUUUAUGUAUGAUGAAAUUGAGUGGUUUACCUGGACCUAUUGGAGUUAAACCUUAAUCUUUUGCAAAUCUAAACCUAAGUGGAGGUGGCGUCAAAGGUUAGUGGUAUGUACAAUUUUCAGCAAUAAUGAUAGUAUUUAUUCAACAUUGUAGUCUCUUUUAAAGCUUGAGAUCUUUGUAUAGGAAAAUUUUCCCCUUUUCUCAAGAAAAAGUAAGAUAGAAUUUGGUAAGACCAGUUUUAAAAUUAACUGCCCCAUGAAAUGGAAAACGGUUGCCUAUUUUAUCGAUUUGUAUCUUCUUCUU